AUGAGGGAGACACAGCCAGAGCCUGGCCCUCCUCCCACCCCCACUCAUGUCUGUGUCUGUAUAAUGGGAGAGGGUGAGUGAGGGGCUGCAGAGAGCAUGGGCACAGGCUGACAUUGCAUUCAUGUAUAUAUGUGCCCGUAUAGACUGCAGGACCAUCAGGCUGGAUCUGUGAGCAGAGGAGGAGGAGGAGGAAUAGAGGGAAGGGGCUGUCACGGAGCUGCAUGAAGUGGGGGGGAGAACUGGCUGGAUUUACAUGUUCCCCACGUCCUGGGCUGCCGGAAACUUUACCCUGGAAACUGGUCAGGGGGCUCAGCCUGGCAGGGGACACAAUGGGGCCAGUUGUGCUGUGGAUCGUGGAGGAGUCUGGCCGGGGGGCUAUACCUGUGUAUCCCAAGGACAUGACGCUGCUAUAGACAUAAUUGCCCAAUACUGACAGUCUUGCUUUGACAGUCGUGGGGGGCUGGAGGUGCCCUCACCAUGGGGUACGCAGACCCAUCUGGGGGCAGGGAUUUGCUGGGCAACAGAACUUUGCUGUUCAUAUUCAUCUGCGCCUUUGCCCUGGUGACCUUGCUGCAACAGAUCCUGUACGGCAGAAACUACAUCAAGAGAGAGCUGCAGUUUAGCUGGCAGAAUGGAGAGGAAUUGGGAAACUGGACCGGGAUCUUUAAUUUCACGGAUGACGGAGCAGUGAAGACGGGGAGUGACGCAGACAGCAGAUACUUUGAAUUUUAUGAAGGUCCAUUGGAUUUCAACUCAACCAAAUGCCUGGAGCUGCGGCGAGACAUCACCAACGUCAAAGUUCUUUCUAUGGUGAAAGAAUCCGAUCUGUUCGACAGAUGGAAAAGUCUUCAAGUCUGCAAAUGGGAAAUGAACGUGAUGGAGGCAAACGUUUUUAAAUCGUCGCUAUUGAGAUGUUGCAACGCCCCGUCCUUUCUCUUCACCACGCAGAAGAACACCCCUCUGGGAAGCAAGCUCCGAUACGAAGUGGACACGAGUGGCAUAUUUCAGAUUAAUUCUGAGAUAUUCAAUAUCUUCCCCAAGGACAUGCCUUACUACCGCUCCCAGUUCAAGAAAUGUGCCGUGGUUGGAAAUGGAGGGAUUUUAAAGGACAGUAAAUGUGGGAAGGACAUCGAUAACACAGAUUUCGUCUUCAGAUGCAACUUGCCACCUAUAACCCAAAAAUAUGUGGAAGACGUAGGGAUGAAAACUGACGUGGUGACCAUAAACCCAAGUAUCAUAACAGAAAGAUUUAACAAGCUGGAGAAGUGGAGAAGACCCUUCUAUGAAGUGGUACAAGGAUAUGAGAAUGCGUCUCUGCUCUUGCCCGCCUUCUACAACACCCGAAACACUGAUGUCUCCAUCAGGGUCAAGUAUGUCCUGGAUGACUUUGAAUCCCAGCAGGCUGUCUACUAUUUCCAUCCCCAGUAUCUAAUCAGUGUUUCUCACUUCUGGCUUAUGCAAGGCGUUCAUGCCAAGCGCAUCAGCAGCGGCCUCAUCUUAGUGACCGCCGCGCUGGAGCUGUGUGAGGAGGUACACCUUUAUGGAUUUUGGGGUUUCCCCAUGGACCCCUCAGGGAACUUCAUUACUCAUCAUUAUUAUGACAAUGUUAAGCCUCGUCCUGGCUUCCAUGCAAUGCCUUCUGAGAUUUUUAACUUCAUCCAUAUGCACAGCAAGGGCAUCCUGAGGGUGCACACUGGUACCUGCUGAUAAAUUCUGCCUCCAUCUGCACUAAAUGUUUGUGCCCAUCAACCAAACUGAGUAUAUGCAAUAAUGAUCCAAUGAAAACUGCACAGGAUAAGGCCUCCACAUGAGCUGGGGACACACCAGCAUCAUUUUAAUGACUUUGUGUAGAUGUAGCCACUGUUAUCCCAAAUAAAAAUCAUGUUGAGCACUCUCAAUCUAGGCCAAGCUAUCCGGCAAAGAAAUGUGUAUAUGGGAUAGCCAGUGAUAUCUAAUUUGGAUAUAAAAGGUUGUCUGGCUGGGAAAGGAAAGUUAAGGCUACCUGAUGUGGAUACCCGGGUAUAUGUGUUUGGUAUCGCCAGAUACAGUAGAUCAGUCUUGUAAAUGCGGAGAUAUCUAACUGGAAAAGUCGCAAAUAAAUAUCUUGAAUAUUCAUAAAUGUCUAUCAUGUUUACCUAGGACAACAAACAAUAAAUAUCUUGACUAGUCAGGAAUAUCUACACAAGAUGGUCCACAGUACAUAUCUUGGAUAACCAGGGACAUCUACCUUGGAUAGCCAACAAUAAAUAUCUUGUAAUAGCCAAUAAAUGCAUAUAUGGGAUAGCAAGAGACUACCUGGAAGAGUCAACUAUAAAUAUUUUGGAUAGCCUGGAAUGUCUACCUGGGAUAGCCAUCAAAAUAUCUUGGAUAACCAGAUCUUGUAAUAGCCAAAAAUGCAUAUCUGGGAUAGUAAGAGAUAUCUAUCUGAGAUACCUGGGAAAGUCAAUAAUACAUAUGUUGGAUAGCCUGGAAUGUCUACCUGGAAUUGCUAUCAAUUGGAUUUCUUGGGUAUCAAGAGACAUCUUCCUGAAAUACCUGGGAUAGACAAUAAUACAUUUGUUGGAUAGCAUGGAAUGUCUUCCUGGAAUAGCUAUCAAUUGGAUUUCUUGGGUAUCAAGAGACAUCUACCUGAAAUACCUGGGAUAGACAAGAAUACAUAUGUUGGAUAGCCUGGAAUGUCUAACUGGAAUAGCUAUCAAUUGGAUUUCUCUGGUAUCAAGAGACAUCUUCCUGAAAUACCUGGGAUAGACAAUAAUACAUAUGUUGGAUCGGCUGUAAUGUCUACCUGGAAUAGCUAUUAAUUGGAUAUCUUGGGUAUCAAGAGAUAUCUUCCUGAAAUACCGGGGAUAGACAAUAAUACAUAUGUUGGAUCGGCUGUAAUGUCUACCUGGAAUAGCUAUUAAUUGGAUAUCUUGGAUAUCAAGAGAUAUCUACCUGGUAUAGCCAGAUAUAACCAUCUGGGAUACUUUGGGCUACAUCUGUAGAUAUAAGGACAAUUUGGAAGGUGAACAGAAAUACAUACGCUCAUGAGCACUGGUUUGACAGCUACAAUGAAGCAACAAAGCACAUGCUAAAGAGAUCCCACAUAGCACACACUAUACAAGUCCAUCCAUUUGGAUACAUUACGACUUGGCUGAAGAAAGGACAUUGGAAGUCAAUGUUGAUGUUUUUUUGCUUUCGUUCUCACCAUAGUGCUUUCUUUAAUUAAUAUAAUUAUAUUUGCUCCACUGUUUAACCCCUUGUUUUCUGGCAGAGGAGAGAGCUGCCCACGAUGGUGUUCUCUCCUUUUCUUCCACCAAAGAAAGGGGUUUAGCAUUGUUGUUGUUCUCCUAAGGGAAGACUCAAACUCAAAAUGUCUAUUUACCGUGCUCCUCGCGAUGUGCGUCCGCUGGUUAUUUUUUUCCGUCGGUAUUGAUGUCAUCUCAUAAUUACCUCUGCACCAAUUACCUCAGCCUUCUGAUUGGACAUUUAGUGUAGGACAUGUCCUCUAAGUCGUACAUGCUGAAUAUAGGAACCAAGCUUGAGUUCAGAUACUCACGGGGGAUUAUAUUAACAGGCUCAACUGCCAGUAGCCCAUUUGCUCAGAGUGGUUCACUUUUAGUACUGUAUGUUAUAGAAUGGCUAAUUCUAAGCAACUUUUCAGUUGGCCUUCAUUUUC